AUGGGUUGUUUUGGAGAUCGAGAAAAGUUUGGCAGUGCUACAAAUGAGCAGAGGUGGGAUUUCAUUAAUCUCUCGGAUUUCAAAUCUACCUCCUGCUGGUCCGGAUUCUCGUACGGCGUGGUCUACUUCUUCCUCAUCAUAAGCUUUGGCGUAUACAUUGUCGAUCUCUACACCGCCUCCAACCUUCUCUUCUUCAAUAGAUGGUCUAGCCAAGUCCAGCCUAAGAUACCUUUUGAGAUAUCAAAAUGGGUGUUCGCUGGAUGCAUCUUCCUAUCCUGGAUUCUCUUGAUAUACCGAUGGUGGAGGGCUAUACGGGCAAUAAAGAGUGGACUCAUCACGGCCAGCUACUUGGAUCCACUUGCUGUUCGCAUUGAGAGUAUACGACCGGGGAAAGCACGAGGCUGGCGCCGAUUCCUAGUUUUCACCGCCUUGACCAAAGGUCGCAAAGGCUCCGAGUAUGUGGCGUUGUUCACGUACUAUAACUUCGAGGCUUGGCUGCGGGUGGUAUUCGCCGAAGGUCCUCGCCAAGUGAUCAAUGCUAUCACCCUCUACUCCGUAUUGAAAGCAGACCUCAUUCCCGAAGGCAAACACGCCGCCACCAAAGGUCAAUCACCAGUCGGCCAAUUCUUCGAUAACAUCAGGAUAUUGGCAAAUCAAAGCACCCAGCAAGCCACAAUUCUCUUUGGUAUGCUCUACGUGCUGAUCAUCUGGCUGUUUACAGCCGUCAGUCUUUUCAUAGCCUUUGUGAUGUACAUCACCUUUCUAUGGCAUCAUAUUCCAAGCGCGGACGGUAGUCUGUCCAAUUUUUGCCAGAGGAAAAUUGAAAAACGCCUGAAUCAGAUAGUCAGAGCAAAAAUGGACAAGGCAAUCGCAAAGGAGCAUUUGGAUCGUGUUAAAAAGGUCGCUACCGGUGGAACCGGAGCAAGCGUUGGUUUGCCCACAGUGCCGCCAAUGGACUAUAAGCGUCAGCCAACAAUCCCGAACCUUGAAUCGGACACAGCAGGGCUACCGGCACCCCCGUCACGACAAACAACGUCGAAUUUAGGCUCUCGGCCUGCUUCGCCGUUUGGAGCUCGAAGUAUAUCGCAAAGAGCGCCUACAAUACCGGAUGUAUCCCGCGGCAGCUCUCGACCAGGGUUUCCCUCAAGAAAUGCGACCCAGUCCUCUUUCAAUUCCCUUGCAAGCCAUGGCUCUGAUGCGCCACUCUUGGGCUCUGCAGCUGAGAUGGGUCAUGCACCGCCAAAUCGUCACUCGCCGCCUGGUGGGCCACCAAGUAUACGAUCGAAUCAAUCAUUCAAUAACAACAGGGGUCCACUCCAACCGCGGAGAGGUCCCACACCUAGACUGAACACCGGGAUGAGUGGACGCUCGGUGACCCCGAGUGCCCCUUCCUCCGCUGGGGCUUCUUUCAUGUCUCGCGAUCCAUCAACAGCUUCCCCUGGCCCAAACCAGCGUCCGCCCGGUCACACGAAUUUCAGUCGUAGACCAACUCAGGAAUUUGAAAUGCAGCCACCCACGCCAUCUGACGGCAAACCUUCUUCUGGAUACGUAGCUUUCAACCCCUUACAACGGCCCUCUCAAUCCAAUACUCCCAAUCAACCUCACCGCCCGCCUCCAGCAGAUUACUUCGGUGCUCAGCAUGUUCCUCGCAGAGUGGGCACUGCACCCGUACAGCCACCAAGUGCGGGGUAUGAUGAUUCAAUUUACGACGCGUAUGGCGCACAAAACUCACCACCCUUCAGACCAGCUACUGCAGGACCAGGACCGACUCCAGGUGGUGGAAACAAUGGAUGGCAUGGCCCCGGCGGUCGAGGGGCCUACAACCCUCCUAGAUUUUGA